AACACAACGACUUAAACUUCAUGAUAAUUAUUUUCUUACUAGAAAUACUGCUAUAGAGAUAGAAAUUGAAGAGUUUUUUAAAACUAUUUUUAUAAUUGAUCCAAGUCUUGAGCAAACAAUGAUAACUUUAAAUUCUUUAAAUAAACAGCAGUUUUAUAAUAAUUUUUUAAAGUUUCAUUGUCAAACCCGAACCUAUACUUUUCAAGUCAAAAAAUAUAAAGAAUAUUAUAAAGAAUUUGAUGAAUUAUAUGGACAAUCAACAAGUGAAGAAUAUCGUGAUACAUUUUUAAAUAAAAAUGAUACUGAGACAAUUAUACAAUACCUUGAAAAUAUUUCAUAUAGUUGUGGAUCUCCACUUCUUCCAGAUGAAUACUUACUUUCUAAUCAACUUUAUAUACGCCAAGAUAUUACUUGUGAUUUACCCAUUGAACAAAAUUAUUAUUCAUGUCAUAUAAAGGAUGUGGAUUUAUAUUAUUGGUUUAGAGCAGAGGAUG